CAGGCCCACCCAAAAAAACUGGUGCAGAAAAACUAUACAAAAAGUCUACUUCAAAUUUCAUAACUAGUUUGUUGCUUAUAAAGCGAAACAAACUGUUAGCAUCCAAUUUUCACAAAUAUAUAUAUAUAUAUAUAUAUAUAUUAUACUUUUGAAGAGGCAUAUAUGCAAAGAAGCUUGGCGAGCAAAACAAAAGAGCAAACAUAAUUAAAUCUCUGCUAAAAUGGAGAUUGAUGAUGUGAGCUGCCGCCGGCGAUCCUCGUACUUUUCGGGUUGCAUGAUGUCGCCCUUAUGCUUUUCUGUCCAUGAAGAUCAAACAGAGUACUCUCGCAUUGAUUAUUGCAACAGCAGCCAAAGCAAAAGAAGGCAAAGAUGGAGAAAUUUCCUUAAGAGGUUGGUUAGAGAUAGCAAAACCAUAUAUGGAUCCAAACCCACGUCGUUUAAGUAUGAUGCAGUCAGCUACUCGCAGAAUUUUGAUGAGGGUUUUCAUUCCGAUCAAGAACCCAGAAGGCAUUCCCAAGUGUUUCCAGUUGUUAGAUGGGAUUUAGUUGAAGCUGAACCGGCACAUUUGAAACCUCACCAGAAGUACUGCUGAUAGCGAAUGGAAUAUUCAAGGUGUUUUGGCUUGCUGGAUCCAUGUCCCUUGUGCCAUAAAGCUGAGAAAUUAAU